CAGCGUUUUGCAGUGGUGGAGAAGAACGUGUACGUCAUUUUCACAAUGGCGGAGGCUGGGUGAGGAGCAGAGUGUGUGUGUGAAGCGGCGCCGUAAUCGUUAGAGCUACAUUGCCCGUAUUACGUGCACGGUGCUCGAAAAUGGCCCUGAACCCCAACGCGGUGGGGAAGAGGAACUCAGAAUGUGCCGAGGCGGACGAUCUCCAGCCGGAGGGCGGCGAAACCCCGAAGAAUUCAGCCGCCACCUCGGCCACAGCCAACCAAAAUGGCGAUCAGCCUGGAUGUGGAGACGGUGUAAUGCCCGAACAAGAAGCCCCUGAGCGGCGGAGGAGCGUGCAGGCGGACUCCCGGAGCUUUAGCAGUUCACCCUUGCCGGGCCAGAGACCGAAUUUCCAAAUCCCGAGGAAGAUACGCGAGCGGAAAGGCUUGUACCACUUUCUGCCCCCCGACAGCCGGGAGUUUGAGGACCUCGCGAAGAUCGUCUCGUCGUGCUACUUGGACUCAUCGUCGCGAGGCACCUUCUCCUACUGCAAGGCCCGGCUCAUACACAAUGAGCUGCUGGAGAAGGAGUUCAUCGAGAAGCGCAGGGAGAUGAAGCAGGAGGGGCGGACCGAUCAAGAGCUGACUGAGUCGUACUGCUUCCUUUAUCCAGACAAAUCCAAGCUCCAGUGGAUCUGUGAGAAGGGUUUGUCGGUUGGCCACUCCAGGAUUACGACACUAGGAAAUCCAUCAGUGGGUGUUUAUCUCUCCAAAUAUUCUGAUUUGUUACAAAUAAAUCCUUUUGAAGUCGGCUCGUCUGGAGACAUGAUCGUUUUUAAAGUCAUGAAGGGCCGGAUAAAGCACAUCCAUGAGAACAUGCCUAAGAAUGCGAUAGAACCUUCACCCAAGUUUGACGGCCACUUGUCUAAAAGUGCCAACAGGGUUACCUCUCUGCUGUCUUACAGGGCUUUUGAGCUCACGCAGCAAUAUUUUUUCGAGUUUGCAUUUGAUGAGAUCAAGGCACGGCCCCGGCAUGUGUGCCCCUACGCUGUGGUUUCUUUUCAGUACAAAGGCAAGGAGGCUGCAGCAGCUCCUAUGACUGCACACAGGUUUAACACCAUUACCCCUGAAGGAAGUAGAGGGAAGAGCUGCUACACUGUGUGGAGUGGUCCGCUAGUGAACAAGGGCCAGGAGUUAUUCCCAAUCUGUUUACGAUCCUCAUCACGCCCCUACCUUCCUUUCAAACUGCCUGAGAAGCUGGAGGUGAAUCGGGGGAUGCAGCUGGAUCAGGUGAAGCGAAAGAUUCCCUCUGUGCUGUUUUCCUGGGACACCUACAGCAUAUCUCGGGAAGUGAUGAAGUGCGGGAUGUCCUGUAGUCUGUUUGAAGUUGUGGAUGGGAAAGGCAAACCAACCAGCGGCAGCUUGGCAGCGUUGGUCAGCAAACUGGAGAGGGACAGGAUGGUGCUGGUGAAGUCCCUGUUUGACAGGGGCUUUCUCUUCCUGCUGUCUUCAGCUCAGAUGGUCGAGUCCAAAGAGCGGCGGGGGCGGGUGGAGAAGAACCUGCAAGCAUUAUUCAUCUUUCAGGAGUCAAGGAUGGUUGUCAAGUAUUCAUCAAGACUGUUUGAACCAGAGCCAUUGACGGUGGAGCCCCAGCCUGCUAUCCUGUCCUCCAUGGAGCCCUUCAUCCCUGCUCUGCACUAUGCCUUAUUCAAGUUGCGCCCGAACCCAGGCAAGGAUGUGAGCUCUGGGGUGGAGCGUCAGGCCACUGAUUACCUGACUCGUAUGGAUUCAGGCACGGUUCGGCCUUUCAUUCUGCCUGACUACAAAUAUAACGUGGACGAUAGGACCAACCCGCUCCCAGUUCCCAGACACAAAUUUAACAUGGAUUCUGUUCUACGUACUUAUGUCCACAACCCCUCCAACUACAUUUUACCUCUGAACAAGGCAAAGGACAUUAUUGAAAGGAUACGGAACCCUGUACCCAUACCUGUACCUGCACCUGCUCCGGCCCCAGUGGAAUACAGCCCCGUUUCUGACUGGGGCGGCUCGGACAGGGGCUCGGACAGGUCAGAGAGACCACCAGAAAGGCUCCCCCAGGAGAAGCCACCUCCAGAGAGGCCUGCACAUGAAAAGCCACCCCCAGACAGCAGCAGACGGAAGCCAGGGUUGGCCCAUUCUAACGGAGCCCAGGCACAGCACAAAUCCCAUGUCGAAUCCCAGCCUCAGCCCACUCAGAGGUUGCGGCUGUCCCAGAACGAGUAUGAUAAAGACAAGAUGAAACAGCUGCUCAAGCUGAUCCAGCUCCACAAGAAAGCACUUGUGAAGGAUCCUGGGAAGGAAAGGGGGGAGGACGGGGCCUGGGACGCCAACAGUCUGAAGAGGAAGUUCGAAGGAGAUGAGAGGGGAGGCGUGAACAAACACCAACGCACAGAUCCUCUGAGCAACGGAGAACCUAGCAGAGGAGCCCAAGCAGAUGAGAUCGGAGAUGAGGUUGGACAGAACGACAAUCUGACCGCAGUGAUGGAAAGCAUGGGUAUUUACGACACUGACCUGAGGGCUCGCGGCAACGCCAAUGCCUCGACGGUCAAUGAGACUCAACGCCUCAUCAAGAUCCUCCUGGCAACUCUCAACAAAGCUGUUGCUCAGGGUUCAAUGCCCGUACAGCCAAACCACGGUGAACCAUCGACUGGUCCAGUAAGGGUGGAACCUGUCGUCUCUGACCCCGAUCUUAGGAAACAAAAUGAGCCAGCAUUGCAAACAAACUACACAGAGGAGGAUAUGGACUGUAGCCCUGGUAGUCCAUUUAGCGGAGGCUCACCACCAGAGCAAGCUCACACCUCAGAUGACCCAACCUGGGUCAACGCCACCAAUGAAGACAAAGCACAGCCUCUUCCUGAGCCAAAGCCCGAGCUGAAGUCCGAGCCUGAGCCCGAGCCUGAGCCAGUACCCGAGGCCGUGACGGUGACCGACAGCCACCCAGAGCCGAAGACGCCUGCAGCUGUGGAAGUAAAAAAGGCAGCUGCACCACCCACGUUACCAGCCUUAGAAGAAGUUCCCUUCAGGCCAUCCAUCAGCCUGGACACCAUACUCAACCAGGAAGUUUACAGUCUUACCUCUGACAUUAAAAACAUCAUGCAGACUCACCACAUCUGCUACACAUCGCAGCUACCCCCGCGGUUGCCUCCGCGGCACUACUGGCUGCCUAACAGCUGCUUUUCAAACUUUGUUGUACCCUACGUCUCCCCCGUCUCUAUUCAGGGGCAUGUCAAAGCACUGUGUGAGAAGAUGGACAAGUUGAUCCCAUCCCCACCUGCUCCACCCAAGGUCACUUCACCACCUCCCCCAGUGACGAUAUCUAAUCUUACAACACCGCCCCCCACCCCCAUCCAGGCUUCCAAAACUAAAGCAGAGCCCACUCUGACGAAGAGCACCACCUCCUCUUCUCAUAGUGUGAAAACGGUGGCUGUCAAAGAGACGGCAUCCACGAAGGCUAAAACAGAAGGCACAUCAGCAGAGUUGGGGGGAGAGGUCUAUUCUCCCUCUCAAGUCACAGCGAACUCUCCUCAGCACAACUCCCAAAAUGCAGGAGCUGCUUCUGGAAGCGGGUCCGGCCUGCUGGCGGGCAGCCUUAUUGGUCAGCUAAAGCCCGAGGUUUUCAGCAGCCUGGUGGAGAUCUUCAAGGACGUCACCAAGAAUACAGUCAAAUUUUACAUCUACUCUGGGGAUGAAGGCGAGGAGAGUACUGUCUGCAAGGAGAUCAAGGAGUACUUGAAAAGUCUUGGCAACAGCGAGUGCAGCCCGCAGAUGUUUCUGGAAAACAGCGGCAGUUUAGAUAAGCUGCUCAUCAUCAUUCAGAACGAGGACAUCGCCGCGCACGUGCACAAGAUUCCAGCUCUGGUUUCUUUGAAGAAGUUGCCUUCAGUGAGCUUUGCUGGAGUGGACACGCUGGACGAUGUCAAGAACCACACUUACAAUGAGCUGUUCGUGUCCGGAGGCUUCAUAGUGUCUGACGAGUUUGUCCUCAACCCUGACCUUAUCACACAGGACCGUUUGCAGGGGCUGCUCAAGUUUUUGGAGGAGCAGAGCACCCCUGAACACCCCUGGCAGUGGAAGGUGCACUGGAAGUCCCAGAAGAAGCUGAAAGAGAUGGGGAGGUUAAACACCAACGCCAUGGGGCUGUUGAACCUUCUCACAGCCUAUCAGAAGAAGCACCUUGUGGAGUUCCUCCCUUAUCACGAGUGUGACACCCAAUCGCGUCAAGCUCCAGAUCUGGAAUGCCUCAUCAAGCUCCAAGCUCAGCACACACAACAACGGCACCUUAUCUUCCUCACAGAGAGGCCAUUUGAGAUGUUCCUACAGUACUCCAGAAACGGAAUAGUGAUCGGGAGCAUUGACGACGUUAUGAGCGGUUUUCACAGCCUGAUUGGCUCCAUCAAUCAGAAUGAACUUCCAACGCCACCCUCUACUGUAGUAAAUGAUGAGUGUGUGGAGGAGGAGGACAUGUCAUUAGACUCUGACGAUGGUGAGCCACCCACAAUAUCGGAUCCUUCAGAGCAGAACCAGGAAGCUGCGAAAGAGGGCAAGCCUCCACAGCCGCCUCCACCAGAGAUGGAGGAAUUUCGUCCUCCGCUGCCAGACCAGCAGAUCACCCCUGAGAGAACUCCAACGCUGCCUGACUACAGCUCUCUCAAAACGGCCAUCUCUCAGUUCAAAGCUGCCAACCAGAUGGGUGUAGGGUCUUCAGACAUUGGCAGCUUGUCGCCGGGAGGUUUUCCUGUGAAUCCCCACCAAAGCUUCCUGUGUCCUUCAGCCUCGUGGUCAUCCUACACUGGCUCUUCUAGCUAUGCUGCCUCCCCGGCCUACCCUGCCUCGCCCUGCAGCAGCACCAAUGAACAGGAAUACCGCCCCCCAGUCACAGCCUCUUCCACAGUCCCAGCCCCUCCUGUCAUGGCCACACCAGGACCUCUAGCCAACCUGGCUUCCCUCCCCCUUGAGGUCAAACCUCCCCCUCCACCUCACCUCAUGAUGCUAGGCCACACAUAUGGCUCGGACACUGGAGGAGCUGGGACUGCUGGGAACUCCCCGCUCACCACCUCCCUCCCUUAUACAGACAACCAUGACUCAGCCCAGCCAGGUUACAUGGCUGGCAUUCCUAAAAAUGCUAGUGGGACCCCAAUGCACCACGACAGGACACUCAGUGGACCUGGGGAGGGUGUAUGGGGGACAGCAGGGACCACUACUGUUGAAACUGUUAACAGCCAGGGUGUGGUCACAUCUGGCCCAAGGACUGGGGAAACCCUUGGAGGUAGCACCCCUGGUAGCCAGGGGGGCAGGACUCAGGUGAAUUGUGCUGAUAACCCUGGAGCUGCUGUGGGCAUUCCCGCGGUGGCCACCAGGGGGGGCUCAGUCAUCAGACAUAAGCUGCCUCCACAUCCAAUAAGUGGUGUGGGCUAUGGCAGUAUAGGUGGCAUCCCUGGGCCAUUGGAUCAUGGGCCUAUGCGGGGUGGUAUGGGUCCUGGUUCUUUAGGGGGCUUUCGUGGGAGAGGAAUCCCACCAGGAGGACUUUGGCCUCGGCCAGGACGAGGACAUGAUCGGGGCGGUGGGCAUGGAGGGGGACCCUGCUCUUGGGGUUACCCAGGAGGCAGGGGUGGGGCGCAGGAUUACUACUCGGACUACAUGUACACUCAUAAUUACGCCCCUGAAUAGACAAUCAACAUGAAGGGGGAAGACGAACACCAUACUCCAGAGACUUUUUGAGCUGGCUGAAUGUAUAUAUUUCCUUGUCAGACACAUUGAUUAAAAUCAGUAAAUAAGGUUCCUGGUUUUCUACAUUAAUAAAAAUUGAUACAGGCGGUGCCGAGUGUCCUACUGUCGUGUAAGCUGUAUGUACACUCUUUCCAUGUGAGCUAUUUGAGACCCUGUUCAAACCACUAUAUUUAUAUUUGCCAACAAAUGUUAAUGGCCUUCCAGCUUCUCGGAAUUUAUCAUGUUAGUUCUGUUUGUCCGGUUUUGAAACGGUUUGUGAACAAGGGGAAAGGCUGAUAUUUUUUUAAGGAAAAAACAAAACAAAACAAAACUAGUGAAUGAAAUUUCACUUUUGCUGUUGGAUUUCUUUUUUUAUUUUACAUAUUUGGUUGUCCUAAAUUCUAUUAAAAUAAAACAUUUCAAAUCUUGUUUGUGUGACCAGUUUGAUGACGGUGUCAAACGAACCAUUAAAAAUGUAAAUCACAGCUGUUUUACUGUCCUCUCACUGGAACGCCAUGUAUUAUUCAGCCACCUACAGCUAUGUGCAGUAUGAAAAUGGACAAUUUAAACUGAAAUACCUGGAAAACACACCGAAAGUGAUAAAAUAAAAAUAUUUUUACAUGAA